UUCAUUUUUAUUAUAAAUCAUAAUCGUUAGAUAUGCCUGGUAAGCUUAUAGUACCAGUUACACCAAAAUCUGGAAAACAAGUUGGCAUACCAUCUUCACUUUUGUAUAGUGGCAGUCGAUUCCAAGGACAUCAGAAAAGUAAAGGAAACCGUUAUGAUGUCGAAGUGGUUUUGCAGCAUGUAGACGAAGAAACAUCCUUUCUUUGUGGCUAUUUAAAGAUUAAAGGAUUAACAGAUGAAUACCCUACGUUGGUAACUUAUUUUGAUGGUGAGAUUAUUGGUGAAAAAUAUCCUUUUUUAACAAGGAAAUGGGAUGCAGAUGAAGAUGUUGAUAGGAAACACUGGGGAAAGUUUGUUGCUUUUUAUCAAUAUGCGAAGAAGUUUAACUCAGACAGUUUUAAUUAUGAACAACUCAAAUCUGUGGAUUUUGUGUUUAUGCGCUGGAAGGAACACUUUCUAAUACCUGACCAUAAAAUCAAAGACAUAAAUGGCGCUUCAUUUGCUGGCUUCUACUAUAUUUGUUUUCAAAAAUCAACUUCAACCAUAGAAGGGUACUACUACCAUAAAAAUUCUGAAUGGUUUCAGUCCUUGACACUUGCACACGUACCAGAUUAUACACCAUCCACUUUUGAAUUUCGCUGACAUGUUUGUGGAAAAAAAGAUUUUAUACUUUGUAAAUUAUGAAAUUUGUUAAUUCUGUAACCAGCUUAGACGAUAUUUAGAAAUAUCUUAAAUUUUGUUUAUAAAAUUAUGCUGAAUGUUUUUCAUAAAACUUUUAUGCAUUCUGCUAUCAGAAUUUUUUAACAGAACCUUUUGAAUUGAUGUUA